CAUAGAUCUAAUUACGUUUGAUUUUCGUGAAAACGAGACAAGUGUUCAGCAGUCUCUCUAUUGUAAAUUCGACUAUUUUGCUUCGUAAAAAUAGGUAAAGGCUCCUCGCACUGAUAACCAAAACACAAAAAUGGCAUCUGGCAGUCUUGACCAGUGGGUCAAGGAUGAGCUCUAUGAUGUCCUUGGGAUCAGUGAUCGGUACAUAGCAGAGUUCCUCGUCGGACUCGCCAAGAGGGCAACAAGUAGUUCAGACCUGGUAGAGAGAAUUAAGGAGACUGGGACCAUUGAUAUCUCAAAUAGCGUGGUCAGCUUCGCUGGAGAGCUCUACAACAAGAUCCCUAGAAAGCAGCAAGCUGUUAAUCCCAAUAGAUUGAAGGAGAAGCAAGCAGUUGAACAAGAACUGAAGAACAGAUCUUACCAGCUCCUCUCGGACGAUGAAGAAGAAGAAGAGCAACUCGUCAGGAUGGUCAGAGAAAAGAGACAGAAGACUACAAAGCGAGAGCACAUCAGGAAACAGAAGAAAGAAAGUAGCGAUGAUGAUAGCGAGCCAGAGCCCAAGAGACAAGCUAUAAAGGAGGAGUCAAGCUCAGAAUCGGACAGUACGGAGGAUGAAGAGAAGGAGAGGAGAAGAGAUCUUGAAGAGAGGGAUGCUUUCGCUGCCAGACUGAGAAACAAGGAUAAGGAACGAACAAAGAAGAAAAGUAACAAGAGCAGCAAGAAGGACCUAGCUGAGGCCAAGAGAAGGCUGGAGGAGGCAGAAGAGGACCGGAAGAAGACGGUUCCAGACAUAAGGAAGGAAUCUCGUCAGAAGUACCUCAAGAUGAGGAGAGAGGAUAAACUCAAGGAGUUAGAAGCCGAUAUCCAUGACGAUGAAUACCUCUUUGCUCAGGAAAGUUUAACAGAGCGUGAGAGAAAAGAGAUGAAGUAUAAGAAGACAGUGCUGGACUUGGCCAAGGAGCAUAAGAGAGCUGGAGAGAAAGAAAGAGAAGGAAGAUAUUAUAUGCCAAGAGAUGAUGAGAAACAAUCUGAGAGGUACGUGGAGCCCGUCGGGGAAGAAGGCGCAGGUAACUAUGAGCAGAAGCGAUGGGAGGAUGAGCAUGUUCGUAAAGGAGAGAUGCACUUUGGAGCUAAGGAUGCUAAACAGAGGCACAAGCAAAAGGAAUAUGACCUUGUGGUAGAUGACUUUGAGGAGAUUGAGUUUGUCGCAGCCUUCACUGCCCCAGGGACCAUGAAAGAGAGUGACGACGAUGAAGACGACGAUGCGCCUAAAAAGAUGUCGGCCUCGGAGAAGAAGAAGCAGUCCAUCCAGGAGGUGAGGAAGAGCCUGCCCAUCUAUCCGUUCCGUGACGAUCUCAUCUCUGCGAUCAGGGACCAUCAGGUCUUGAUCAUCGAGGGUGAAACAGGGUCAGGAAAGACAACACAGAUCACGCAGUACCUGCAUGAGGCUGGUUUUACCAAGAAAGGAAUGAAGAUUGGUUGCACCCAGCCCAGGAGGGUCGCAGCCAUGAGUGUAGCUGCAAGAGUAGCGGAAGAGAUGGGCGUCAAACUCGGCAAUGAGGUUGGAUACAGUAUCAGGUUUGAAGACUGCACGUCAGACCGUACCAUCAUCAAGUACAUGACGGACGGUAUGCUUCUCAGGGAGUUCCUUGGUGAACCCGAUCUUGCUAGCUACAGAGUACUGAUUGUUGAUGAAGCUCACGAGAGGACUCUCCACACCGACAUUCUCUUUGGUCUGGUCAAAGACAUCUCUAGAUUCAGACCGGACCUCAAGCUGCUCAUCUCCAGUGCUACUCUAGACACAGAGAAAUUUGCUGCAUUCUUUGAUGAUGCUCCUAUCUUCAGGAUACCUGGUAGGCGUUACCCUGUGGAUAUCUUAUAUACCAAGGCACCCGAAGCUGAUUUCUUGGAUGCUUGCACGAUCUCGGUGCUUCAGAUCCAUCUGACCCAGCCUGAUGGCGAUUGUCUGGUCUUCUUGACCGGUCAGGAGGAAAUUGAGACGUGCAUGGAAAUGCUACAGGAGAGGGUCAAGAAACUUGGCAACCGGGUGAAGGAGCUCCUGGUCCUGCCCAUCUACUCCACCCUCCCCUCCGACCUCCAGGCCCGCAUCUUCGAGCCCACUCCUCCAGGAGCACGCAAGGUCAUCCUGGCUACCAACAUCGCCGAGACCUCCCUGACGAUAGACGGCAUCAUCUACGUGAUCGAUCCGGGGUUCUGUAAGCAGAAGAGCUACAAUGCACGGACGGGCAUGGAAUCCUUGGUGGUCACUCCAAUCUCAAAGGCAUCAGCCAAUCAGAGAGCAGGACGAGCUGGGCGUGUGGCCGCAGGAAAGUGUUUCCGUCUCUACACAGCAUGGGCCUUCAAGAAUGAACUAGAGGAGAAUACUAUACCAGAGAUCCAGAGGACCAACCUCGGCAAUGUGGUCCUGCUACUCAAGAGCCUGGGAAUCAACGAUCUGAUCCACUUUGACUUCAUGGACCCGCCCCCUCACGAGACCCUGGUCCUGGCCUUGGAGCAGCUCUAUGCCCUGGGGGCCCUCAACCACAAGGGGGAGCUCACCAAGAUGGGCCGCAGGAUGGCCGAGUUCCCCGUCGAUCCCAUGCUGGCCAAGAUGAUCCUAGCCUCAGAGAAGUACAAGUGUUCAGAAGAGAUUCUCAGCAUCACCGCCAUGCUGUCGGUCAACAAUUCCGUCUUCUACCGGCCUAAAGACAAGAUAGUCCACGCCGACAACGCUAGGGUGAACUUCUUCACUCCGGGAGGUGAUCAUCUCACACUGCUCAACGUCUACAACCAGUGGGUAGAGACUGGUUUCUCAACUCAGUGGUGCUUUGAGAACUUCAUCCAGCAUCGAUCGAUGAGACGGGCGCGGGAUGUUCGUGAUCAGCUCCAGGGACUCAUGGAGAGAGUUGAGAUGGAGAUUGUGAGCUGUGGUAUGGAUAGCGUUGUUAUUAGAAAGGCUGUAACUGCUGGUUUCUUCUACCAUACUGCACGCUUCAGUAAGGGAGGUAACUACAAGACAGUCAAGCACCAGCAGACAGUCAUGGUUCAUCCCAAUAGCGGUCUCUUUGAAGAACAACCAAGAUGGCUCAUCUACCAUGAACUUGUCUUUACAACCAAGGAGUUUAUGAGACAGGUGAUAGAGAUAGAGAACGGUUGGUUGCUAGAGGCUGCUCCACACUACUACAAGGCCAAGGAACUAGAGGACGCAUCAAGCAAGAAGAUGCCUAAGGGUGUCGGCAAGUCGGCCGGUAGCUGAUCGGAGUUACAGAAGACUGCUAUCAUAGGAGGAACAGUUAUGGGGGAUGAGUGCUGGCCAUCAUCUGGUAUCGUUGAGAUCGGACUCACUGAGAACAAACUCAAGGACAAACUUAUUCCAGAUUAUGUGCCUUUCUCUUGUCUCUCUUUGAGUCAAACAUUGGGAUAUAUGGGUGUACCUGCCAUCACCCAUUUUGGAUCCGCUAGACCUCACUUAGAUUGAGAAAAAAAAUAUCUCUAUACAUCUUUGUAUCAUCUCUUUCUGUUGAACUUAUCUCUUAGUUGGACUUAACAAUUAUGGA